UUUCGGCAUUCUUUUUUUUAACGUGCUGCUGUACUGAUUACACGUGUUUUUCGAAGCCAUUCAUAGUUUUCUACUUAAAAAAGUAUUAAUUAACAUAAAAUAAUUGCAUAAAAUAUGGCCGAUGUUGUAGAGAAAACCGCCGAACAGGUUGAGGAAGUUACCAAAGAAACUCCCGUCGAAGAAAAGAAGGCCGAAGAAGAGACAACCGUCGUCGUCAAAGAAGCCGCCACCACCGAAGAAAAUGGCUCAGAUGUUGAAAAGAAAAUCAUACAGCAAGUAGAAUACUAUUUUGGUGAUGCUAAUUUGAAUCGUGACAAAUUCCUUUUGGAACAAGUCGGCAAAGAUGAAGAAGGUUGGGUACCCAUUAGUGUGCUCUUAACUUUCAAACGUUUGGCCGCCCUCAGCACAGAUUCUAAUGUCAUUGCCGAUGCCAUGAUGAAGUCUGACAAUGGUUUGGUUGAGGUCAGUGAUGAUAAAUUGAAAAUUAGACGUCAUCCCGAAAAGCCCAUUCCUGAACAUAAUGAGGAGAGACGUAAGGAAAUUAUGUCACGUACUGCUUAUGUUAAGGGUUUCCCCUUGGAUGCUGAUAUCGAUACAUUGUUGAAAUUCUUUGCCGACUUCGAGAAGGUCUCCCAUGUCAAUAUGCGUAAAUAUUUGGAUAAACCCUCGAAAACUUAUAAAUUCAAGGGCAGCGUUUUCGUUACAUUCGAUACUAAAGAACAAGCUGAAAAAUUCAUUGAGGAAGCUAAGCCUGAAUUCAAAAAUAACAAAUUGAUCUGCAAAUGGCAAGAAAAGUAUUUGGAAGAGAAACGUGAAGAACAAAAAUCCAAAUCCAACAAAAAGAAGGAAAAGAAAGAAAAGGAAGAGGAAAGUGCAUUUGUUUUGCCAAAACGUUCCGUUUUAUACUUUGAGGGUGCCAAUGAAGAUGUAACCAGAGAAGUUAUACGCGAGGCUGUUGAAAAAGUCUCGACAGAUUAUGAUAUCGCCUACAUUGACUUUAGCAAAGGUGAGAAAGUAGGACAUGUACGUUUUACCGAAGAAGAUACAGCUGAAAAAUUCCUGGAAAAAUUGGAAGAGAAAAAGCUUAAACUUAAGGAUGAUUUAUCUCUCGAAGUCCGCACCUUGACUGAAGAAGAAGAAAAAGCUUUCUUGGCUAAGGCUGUUGAAAAUAUGAAAAAUCGUCGCAAUCAUUUCAAUCAAAAGAAGGGUGGUCAUCACCAUCAUCAUCAUGGCCGUAAACGUCGUGGUGGCAAUAAUGAUCGUAAUGAUGAAAAGAAAGCCAAAUCUGAUGAUUAAAUUUCAUGUUCAUACAAUCUUACCCACCAAAA